AUGGCUCCAAAGGCUGGUGGUGACUCUGCGAAAGUUAAUUCAUCCGUUUAUAAGAACAAGAGUAAGCCCGCUGAUGUAAGGCUCAGCAAUAUAAACGCAGCAAAAGCCGUGUCAGAUGCUAUCCGCACAAGUUUGGGACCUCGUGGAAUGGACAAAAUGAUCCAAGCAGCCAAUGGAGAAGUAACAAUAACAAAUGAUGGUGCUACAAUUUUGAAACAAAUGAGUGUUAUCCACCCAGCUGCUAAAAUGUUGGUGGAAUUGUCUAGGGCACAGGACAUAGAAGCUGGAGAUGGUACAACCUCUGUUGUGGUGAUUGCUGGAGCUCUUUUGGAUGCUGCUGAGAAGCUUUUACAGAAAGGCAUUCAUCCAACAGUAAUAUCUGAUGGAUUCCAAAAAGCACUGCAAAUGGCACUACAGGUUGUGGAGAGUAUGUCAACUCCUGUUGAUCUUACUAAUGAAGAUGCGCUUCUCAAAGCAGCUGCCACUUCACUUAACUCCAAAGUUGUCUCUCAACAUUCUUCAAUUUUAGCACCCAUUGCAGUUCAAGCAAUUUGUGCAGUAAUGGAGCCCAUCACCGGAGGUGUGGGUGCCCGCGUGGAUUUACGUGACGUUAAAGUCAUAGAACGUAUCGGCGGAACUGUGGAAGAUACCGAGUUAAUUCAAGGACUUGUUAUACCACAUCGUUCUGCUAAUGUGAAUGGGCCACAUCGCAUUGAAAAGGCUAAAGUUGGACUUAUCCAGUUUUGUAUUUCACCACCAAAAACUGAUAUGGAUCACAAUGUGAUUGUGUCAGAUUAUGCUGCCAUGGACCGUGUCUUGAAAGAAGAACGCCAGUAUAUUCUAAAUAUAGUCAAACAAAUCAAGAAGGCAGGCUGCAAUGUCCUUUUGGUUCAAAAAUCAAUUUUGCGGGAUGCGCUAAGUGAUUUAGCUAUACACUUUUUAGACAAAAUCAAAACGAUGGUCAUCAAGGACAUCGAGCGCGAAGAUAUCGAAUUUGUCUGCAAAACGUUAGGUUGCCGUCCAAUUGCUUCACUCGAUCAUUUCACAGCAGAAAAUUUGGUUAAUGUUGAUUUAGUGGAAGAGGUUAAUGAACCCAGUGGAAGGUACAUUAAGAUGACUGGUUGCGGUAACGGCGGGCGCACGGUGUCGGUGCUGGUGCGCGGCACGAGCGGCGCGGUGGUAGCGGAGGCGGCGCGCUCGCUGCACGACGCGCUGUGCGUGGUGCGCUGCGUGGCGCGCCGGCCCGCGCUUCUACCCGGCGGAGGCGCGCCCGAGGCCGCCGCCUCCGCCGCCCUCGCGCGCGCCGCCAUCGCCGCCCCCGGCGCCGACCACUACUGCCUGCGUGCCUUCGCUGAUGCACUUGAAGUUAUCCCAUCUACACUCGCUGAAAAUGCAGGAUUGAAUCCCAUCGAGACUGUGACGGAACUUCGCGCGGCGCACGCGGGUGCGGCGGCAGGCUGCGGCGCCGGCGUCAACGUGCGGCGCGGCCGCGUCACCGACAUGCGCCAGGAGCACGUGCUACAGCCGCUGCACGUCACCGCCUCGGCGCUCGCCCUCGCCACCGAGACCGUGCGCACCAUACUCAAGAUCGACGACAUCGUAAAUACUGUAAACUGA